UAAUCAUUUUAUUAAAUGUUUAACACAAAUCAAACAUUUUAAUAUCCUGAAAUUAAAUACUUCUGUUUUAAAUUUAAUGGCAUUUCUUUCUAUCCAAUUUAUAAGUAGAAUUGCGCGUGCCAAAGUCCCAUAGAAUUUAAUAUCUUUAUCAUAGGAUAAAUUUUAACUCUCUGAAUAAACAGCGAGAUUAAUGUAUCGCCUUCGUUUUUAUUGGAAGAUUUAUGUAUUUCGUUGCCGUGACGUAAUGAUCCUAAUGAAAAUAAAUCGCUAAAAUUGUUGAAUUUGGUAAAAUAAUGUUUAAUAUAUUUUUCAUACUUAUGUAAUAGUGAAAAAUAUUAUAAAAUCUAACGAUAUUUAUUAAAAAUUAUGUAAAAAGAAAUGUAAAAAGAGAAUAAUGCAGAGUAUAAUAUUUAUGCAGAUUAACCAAAAUUGUACACUAGAAUAUACUGGAAAUAUACUGAAACACAAUGAAUCCUAAAUGCAGACAAUGAAAAUGUUGGAAAAGUAAUGAAACAAACUAAGCAAUAAUAUAAUAAUAAUAAUCAUAAGAGUAUAUGUGAAAACAAUUAAUUAACUUCAUUCGGUCAUAAAUCUUCCGAAUUCAUCUUUCAGAUUGUGCUGAUAUUUCUUGUAAUUAUUGUAAUUUCAAACAAUAUCAAAUUAAAUUUCUAGUUAAGUUUUUUUACUUAAAUAUUUGCAAGUUAAUUGUAAUAUAAAUGUCUUCUGUAUAAGCCAUUGAAUUUAUCCGCCCAAAUAUUCGUGGGGACGAAAGAGCACAGUGUGGAUGCUAAAUUUAAAUCUCAGAGAAUCGUGGGAGGAAGACUGCGUUUGUUUCGAUCUCUGUCCCUCUACGAACUCACGCAACGUCGUGGCCAUGUAAACAAACGAUACAUACAUGUAUGUAUGUAUGUAUGUACAUAGAAAAUAGAAUAUCGCGUAUACAAUCAUACAAUUGUAGAAUGAUCGUACCUUGAUUCUGUGAUGUAUAAUUUCUAAUGGUGCGAUUUUCAUUUAUGCUUUAUAAAGAUUAUAAUCUUUUUAUUAUCCUUUUAUAAUCUUUUUUGAAGAUUAUAAUCUUUAAGCUAUCGGGAAAUAAAUUCGGCUCGUAAAAAAAUGCCGAUUUCUCUUUCAUUAUUAGCGUAUUUUUUAUUUCCUUGUAAAUGGAUUUUCGGUAUAAAAAAAGAUAACGACGAAUUAUUUAAACCGAUGGUUAAUACAAUGUGUAAUACAGAUAUAUUAAAAAUGUAUAUAUAUUUCUAUUAAAAUAAUUAAUCGUAUUAUAAAAAAUGACUAAUUCUUUACCUGUCCUAGUGUUAUUAUUUUAGGUUAGGUUGACCGAAGAGGCGAGUGUCGCGCGCAAAAACCAGAUGAGUCGUAAUAAUUAAGAAAAAUAGUGUAUCAAGAACGGAACGAGAAUUGGUAAGAUUUGAUAAAAGUUGAGGUUAUGUGUAGCCAGUUGUAAAACGAACGGACAUUAUUUGAAGAGGAAUAGCAACAGUCGAAUAUUGUUUAUUAAAGAGAAAAGAAAACAAUUUGAACGCUUUAUAUUGGUAAAUUUGUGAAAGAAACAUGGAUGCUGAUUUUGAGGAACUUUCGCACGACGUAAACUUAAUUGAGAGAUUGAAGCAGUUCAGCGAAGCGGCCUUUAAAAUCCAAGAUAUGGUGGAGCUGGCCAACAAUCCGUCGCUGUUCGAUAAAUUUUCUAACACAGAUAAAAUUAAAUAUAAUUUGUUGCUGUCCUACAGUCUCAAUAGUUUGUUCUGGAUGUACUUGAGGGCCGAAGGGAUUGACCCAUCAAACCACCGAAUCAGAUCAGAGAAUGAGAGAUUGAAGAAAGCAAUGGUACGAGCGAAACAGAUCAGUGAUAAAAAUACACUUAUGCCACGUGUCAACAAAGGUGCUGCUAAGAGAUUUGUGAGAAAUAGUUUAUGGGAAUUGGAUUGUUCCAAAGCAAAGAAGCACAAGACCACCGAGAAGAAAAUUGAGAAAUCGGAAGAAUCACCACCUAUAUGAAUUCCAUUAUGUACAUUACGUAUUAAUGUAAAAUAUAAAUUUUAUGUAUUUCCUAUGUGUACGCGUUUACUAUUCUACUCAAAUGACAUUACAUAUUGCUGUAAUUGAUAUUUAAUUAAUAAUAUAAUUGUCUAUUAAAGAGGCAAAAUUCAUUCA